AUGUCCGACACCGGGGGAGUCGAGGUCGAAAGCCGCAUCGGCUACCCAGUCCUGCCUAAAGAGGUUGCCGCAGAAAUCGGCGCCAUCAAGCUUUUCAACAAAUGGAGCUAUGAGGAUAUUGAGAUUCGGGAUAUGUCUUUGACCGACUACAUUCAAAUCCGUCAACCCGUCUACAUCUCCCACUCUGCCGGACGAUAUGCCGUCAAACGAUUCCGAAAGGCCCAAUGCCCAAUCAUUGAGCGUCUCACCAACUCCCUGAUGAUGAACGGCCGCAACAACGGAAAGAAGCUCAUGGCCGUCCGCAUCGUUGCUCACACUUUCGAGAUCAUCCACAUCAUGACCGACCAAAACCCCAUUCAAGUCGCCGUCGACGCUAUUGUCAACUGCGGCCCACGAGAAGACAGCACCCGAAUUGGCUCCGCCGGUACUGUCCGUCGCCAGGCCGUUGACGUCUCCCCCCUCCGCCGCGUUAACCAGGCCAUCGCCCUCCUGACCAUUGGUGCCCGUGAGGCCGCUUUCCGCAACGUCAAGAGCAUUGCUGAGUGCCUUGCUGAAGAGCUGAUCAACGCCGCCAAGGGCAGCUCGAACUCGUACGCUAUCAAGAAGAAGGACGAGCUGGAGCGUGUGGCCAAGAGUAAUCGGUAA